AUGCCAUCCCACAUCGGUCCAGUGCUAGGGCGCAGUUCUUACAUUGAUGACAUCGCUCACGGUGCUAAAACAUGGGAUCAGCUUUGUGAAGAUCUGGACACGUUGCUCUAUCGUCUACGUUACUGGAAUAUAUCGGUGAGUUUGCCAAAGAGCGAGUUUGGAAAACGAUCGAUCCCCUAUCUGUCACAUGAGAUUAAUGCAGAAGGUAUCCGAGCGAUCCCAAAAGUUGCGAAAGGUGUUAUGGAUUUACCGUUCCCCAAAUCUCACAAAGGUGUGCUAUCGUUUCUUGGGAGUCUGUACUACUACCAUAAGUUCAUUGAAGACUUCCCGGUAGUAGCAGCAGUUCUUUAUGAACUUUCAGAAGACCAGAUACGUUAG